AUGAAAGAGCCGUGCUUCCGGUGUAAGCGGCCGACUUACUUUAACGAUAAGGUCGGUCCGCUUAAGGACGGUGCAUUAUUUCAUAAAGGUUGUUUCAAAUGUUGGAUAUGUGGCACACGACUAUCGCUGAAGACAUAUCACAAUAACAGGAACGAUACACAAGAUUUAGAGGUGUACUGCGCUGGGCACGUGCCAACUCCCGGACCACAUGAUCCUAUUCCACAUAGAUCAAACUUGUUAUUCUCCCCGAAGACGAAAGGCGAAUAUCCGCACAAUUUAAUGAGGCCGGCUGGACCGACAUAG